AUGAUCGCCCUUCCUAAAAGCCCAUUCUUCACUUUCGGCGAUGGAAUCGACAUGCGGCGUGCUGUCGAGGACCGUGAUGGGUCGAAUGCGAAGUGUCUGGGCACACGUAGGCUUGAUGACCAGUAUAUCAAUUCGGAGCUUAUGAUAUGGCCGAGCUUAGUGCCCGCUGUAGCUUUGGCUCCUGCAGCUUCAACUAGCAUCAAGUUCCCGGCACAAAGAAAUGGAUGUCCUCUGUGUGGUAUGGACCCCAAGGCCGAAGGGUGA